AUGUUCAUGGCGUUGCUUUUGCAACAGCGUCGCCAGACUGUGCACACAUUAUCAAUCGAUUAUAUGCAGAUAAGUGCUGAUAAGUGUGUGUUAUUCAUUAACUCAUUGUUGAAAACUUCAAGACCUGGUAAACAUUUAGCUUGUAUUGAGUUUCAGGCCUAUGCACCAGAUGUAAGUCUUUGUAUUGUAAAGCAUCUUCAACAAUAUCUAAAGCUUACAGAUAUUCUUCGAGGUGAUGAAAAGCAGCUUUUUAUUAGUUACUCUAAUCCUCACAAAGCUGUUUCCCCUGAUACAGUAAGCAGAUGGAUUAAGACUACAUUGGUUGAUGCUGGAAUUGACACUUCGAAGUAUAGUGCACACAGCACUAGAUCAACAUCUACAUCUGCAGCAAAAGAGAACAGCAUUUCUAUCGCCAGAAUUAUGAAAGGUGCUGAGUGGUUCCAGGAGUCCACAUUUACAAAGUUUUACAACAAACCAGUGGAACCUUGA